UUAAAAAUGUCUUCACUGGAAAAUAAGACAAAUAAAUUAUUUAGCAAGUUAUUUUUGUGGUGAAAUUGUCCCAACAUUUUCUUUUACACACCGCCAAGUGUGUAUUGCCAAGUUUUACGCAAUUUUUAUGAAAUAUCUUCAACACCCAGACCAAAUCAACUCAAUGGGAAAUAACUAAUUUCAAUGAGUUACACUGUGCUAGACAGGAUUUAAACCUUGAAAAGUCAAAGAGAAGUCAAUCGUAAUUUCUACAUUUAAGCCUGAAGGGGCUAAGCAAUUUCCAUUGGAAUGUGACACUAAAAGCACCUCUUAUCUAAGGAAGAUUAACCUCAAAAUUAGGCCUUACCUUUUGACUCCAAGUGUCCUUGUUGUAUUGUGCGCAUGCGCACCAAUGAUGUGCUUUCAUCCCAUAUGUCUUUGUGAAUAUGCGAGGUCAGGCCCAGUAGGUUAAGACCCAUAAUUUCCAUGCAGAUUUGAGGAGGGGGGGCUUCCUGUUUUACGAGACAUCUGUAACUCCAGCUGGCCUUAAUUCGUUCCACGUAAUAUAGUUACAGUGUUACUCUUUGGGACGAUGAGCUGGUAUAAAAUGUCUCUGACCCUCUCUGUCAGUUUGUGGGUUGCAAUCUCAACCACAAGCGGGGAAAGCAGAGACAAAGCAGGAGUCAACCACCAAGUCAGGAAGAGGAGCGUCCAGUGACAGGUACAGCCAAGAACAACUUGCAAAUGAGAAUGGGGUGACAAGGAAUUUGACAAUAAUUGUAAAUCAAUGUGUCUACUUUAUGCUCUCUAAAGUUAGCAAAAUGGCAGAGGAGUGGGGAAAUGCAGUAUUCGCUGCCAGGCGACGAGAUGACACAACAAGAGAGGCGGUUUUUACAUACACCAACAGCAAUAACACAAAGGAUCCCUUUGAGGGACCCAACUACCACAUUGCCCCACGAUGGAUCUACAAUCUCUCAACAUUGUGGAUGUGCUUUGUGGUCGUCGCCUCAGUCUUCACCAAUGGCCUGGUGCUGGUGGCCACCGCCAAAUUCAAGAAGCUCCGCCACCCUCUCAAUUGGAUCUUGGUCAACCUCGCUGUGGCCGAUAUUGGAGAGACCCUUUUGGCCAGCACCAUCAGUGUCAUCAACCAGAUCUUCGGCUACUUUAUCUUGGGACACCCCAUGUGUGUUUUCGAGGGCUACACGGUCUCUGUAUGUGGUAUUGCCGCUCUUUGGUCUUUGACUGUCAUCUCAUGGGAGAGAUGGGUGGUUGUCUGCAAACCAUUUGGAAAUGUCAAGUUUGAUGCUAAAUGGGCAUCUGGUGGCAUUAUAUUCUCCUGGGUUUGGGCUGCUUGCUGGUGUGCACCUCCCAUCUUUGGCUGGAGCCGGUACUGGCCUCAUGGUCUGAAGACCUCCUGUGGACCCGAUGUGUUUGGAGGAAACGAUGACCCCGGAGUCAAGUCCUACAUGAUUGUACUGAUGGUCACCUGCUGCUUCCUCCCUCUUGCCAUCAUCAUUCUCUGCUACAUUGCUGUGUGGCUGGCCAUCCGCGCAGUCGCUCAGCAGCAAAAGGACUCAGAGUCUACACAGAAGGCCGAAAAGGAAGUGUCUAGAAUGGUGGUUGUCAUGAUCAUUGCUUACUGCGUUUGCUGGGGUCCUUACACUGUCUUUGCCUGUUUUGCGGCUGCAAACCCUGGCUAUGCCUUCCAUCCACUGGCAGCAGCUCUUCCUGCCUAUUUUGCCAAGAGCGCCACCAUCUACAACCCCGUUAUCUACGUCUUCAUGAACCGACAGUUCCGUGUAUGCAUCAUGCAGCUCUUUGGAAAGAAAGUUGAUGAUGGCUCUGAAGUCUCCACAUCCAAAACAGAAGUGUCCUCUGUGGCUCCUGCAUAAACCACUGCUUGUCAACUAUAUCACCUAUUUUAAAAAAAGAGGACAGAGAAAAGGAUUUCAGAGAACUGGACUUCAAGUUGUAAUAGUCUCAACUGUAUAUAUUUAGCUACAAAAAAGAAAUCCUUUGGAAAAAAAAACAGCUUUUUUUCUGUCCUGGGAAGUGUCGAACAUCAAACUGAACACCAUUUUCAAGACUUGAAGGGAUUUAUUUUGGCAAUCUGUUGUCUCAUGAGUAAGUCUCACCAAAGUUUUUCAUAAAAUAACAUGCAACGAGCUGUAAAUUCAAAUAAAAUGGUCGAAAGCAGGUCACUUGAACAAUGUAAAAAUCUUGCAUUAUGACUAAUUCUGUCAUUGUCACAGAGCUUUGUUUUGUAGAUGUAUUUGCAUAUGUAAA